AAGAAAUUAUAAAGUUCUUUCUUAUUACUCUCUGAUCCUCUCUUUUUCUUUCGCGUUCAAUUCUAUUUUUCGUCUUCAAUUAUUCAUUUAUUGGGUUCGAAAUUCAUUCUUUGAUUGGAGGGUUCUGGUUGGGUUGGUCCAUGCUUUUUGUAGAAGUAAAAUCUUUUUAAAAUUCAAAUUUAUUGAUAUUUUGUUGUAUAUAAUGAGGAGAGUCCUGAAAAGCUUCUUCAUAAGCUCAGUAUUCAGGGCUAAUAGAAAGAAAAUAUAUUCAGAGGAAACAAUGGAGACCCCAUCAGCAAGCAAUGUCCAAAAUGCAUCUCACUCUGAGAAAUUAGAAGAGUGCCUAAUGGAGGGUCCAGAAAACAGUCUCACUGAUAAUAUCAUACUAAAUCAUGACUUCUCUGAAGGGCUGCAAUCGUGGAAUCUAAAUUGCUGCGAAGGCUUUGUAGCUUCUGCAAGUUCGGGUCACAAAGGAGCAUUGGCAAAUUCAGAGUCAGAAAGUCAUUAUGCUGUUGUUACUAAUCGCAAGGAGUGUUGGCAAGGGUUAGAACAAGAUAUCACAACUAGAGUUUCGCCUGGUUCUUCUUGCACAGUUUCUGCUAAGGUUAAAGUAGCAGGGCCUGUGGAGGGAUUGGCUGAUGUAUUGGCUACACUUAAGCUGGAUCACGAAGACGGAACAACUAGUUAUCAACGCGUAUCAAGAAUCUCUGUCAGUAAAGAAAGGUGGGAGAAAUUAGAAGGAACAUUUUCAUUGACAAAAAUUCCCAAGCGUGUUGUAUUUUAUUUGGAAGGGCCAUCUCCUGGAAUAGACUUACUCAUAGAAUCAGUAGUGAUUUCAUGUCUCAGGCGCGGCAAGCUCAGUAUUAAAGGCACCGGAGACGUUCCAGCUGAAAGUGAGAAUAUAAUACUGAAUCCUGCAUUUGAUGAUGGUGUUAACAAUUGGUCUGGAAGAGGAGGCUGCAAAAUUCUUGUCCACGACUCCAUGGGAGAUGGAAAAAUCUUACCCAAGUCUGGAAAAUAUUUUGCAUCUGCAACAGAACGCACACAAAGUUGGAAUGGUAUUCAGCAGGAUAUAACUGGAAGGGUUCAGAGAAAGCUUGCUUAUGAGGUAUCUGCUGUAGUACGGAUUUAUGGUAACAAUGUUACAAGUGCCAAUGUACAAGCUACUUUAUGGGUCCAGACACCAGACUUCCAGGAGCAGUACAUAGGCAUCUCCAGUACGCAGGCCACAGAUAAAGAUUGGGUACAGUUGCAGGGUAAAUUUCUUAUUAACGGCAAUCCAUCAAAGGUAGUUGUAUAUCUAGAAGGCCCGCCUGCAGGCACUGAUAUUCUCGUUAACAAUUUAUCCUUGAAGCACGCAGAAAAGAUCCCUCCAUUACCUGCACCAGUUAUAGAGGAUGCAAAUUAUGGAGUAAAUGUAAUUGCAAACAGCAACCUUUAUGAUGGCAGCAAUGGAUGGUUUUCUCUUGGCAAUUGCACCUUAACCGUUGCAAAUGGCUCACCUCGUGUACUUCCACCUAUGGCGAGAGAUACCUUAGGGCAACAUGCACCAUUAAGUGGUCGCUGCAUUCUUGUGACUAAUCGGACUCAGACUUGGAUGGGACCUGCUCAGGUGAUCACUGAUAAAGUCAAGCUCUACCUGACAUACCAAGUGUCUGCUUGGGUAAGAAUUGGCUCCAGGGCAGCUGGUCCUCAGAACGUGAAUGUUGCAGUUGGCGUGGACAGCCAAUGGGUGAAUGGUGGCCAAGCUGAGAUUAAUGAUACUCGUUGGCAUGAAAUUGGCGGCUCUUUUAGAAUUGAGAGAGAGGCAGCUAAGGUGAUGGUUUAUGUUCAAGGUCCUGCUCAAGGUGUUGACUUCAUGGUCGCGGGACUGCAGAUUUUUCCAGUUAACCGGGAAGCAAGGUUUAGACACUUGAAAAGGCAAACUGAUCAGGUACGUAAACGCGAUGUCACCCUCAAAUUCUCUGCAUCUGAUUCAAGCAUGCUGCCUGGUACUUUUGUAAAAGUCAGACAAACUCAAAACAGUUUCCCCAUUGGUUCAUGUAUGAGCAGAUCAAACAUAGAGAACGAAGAUUUUGUCGAUUUCUUCACGAAACAUUUUAAUUGGUCUGUAUUUGCAAAUGAGUUGAAGUGGUAUUGGACAGAGUCCCAACAAGGAAAAUUAAACUACAAAGAUGCUGAUGACCUCCUGAACUUGUGCAACACAAACAAUAUUGAAGUCCGUGGUCACUGUAUCUUCUGGGAAGCAGAGAACACGGUUCAGCCAUGGUUGAAGGCUCUCAACAAAGCCGACUUGAUGACAGCAGUUCAGAAUCGUCUGACAGGCCUUUUAAGCCGUUACAAGGGGAAGUUCAAGCACUAUGAUGUUAACAAUGAGAUGCUGCAUGGAUCAUUUUAUCAAGAUCGAUUAGGUAAAGAUAUCCGAGCCAACAUGUUCAAGACUGCCAACCAACUAGAUCCCUCGCCUACUCUAUUUGUAAACGAUUAUCACAUUGAGGAUGGAUGUGACACUAGGUCGACUCCAGAAAAGUACAUUGAGCAGAUUCUUGGUCUGCAAGAACAAGGUGCACCUGUCGGAGGGAUAGGAAUUCAAGGACACAUAGACAAUCCAGUCGGGCCUAUUGUUUGUUCUGCUCUAGACACUUUAGGCACUCUUGGCCUUCCAAUCUGGUUCACAGAAGUCGACGUGUCUUCCAUCAACGAGCACAUCAGAGCAGAUGACUUAGAAGUUAUGCUUCGAGAAUGUUUUGCUCAUCCAGCUGUAGAAGGAAUAAUGCUGUGGGGAUUCUGGGAGCUCUUUAUGGCUAGAGAUAACUCACAUUUGGUAAAUGCAGAAGGCGAUAUCAACGAAGCAGGAAAACGGUUGCUUGAGCUUAAGCAAGAGUGGAUGUCGAAUGCACAUGGACAUGUCGAUGAACAACAACAGUUUCAGUUCAGAGGCUUCCAGGGAACAUAUGAAGUGGAAGUUCGCAACUUCUCUCAAAGAAAGAAGGUUCUCAAGACAUUUGUUGUGGAUAAAACUGAGUCUCCAAUCGUCGUUUCUAUCGAUCUAUAACCCCAAUUGGUACCAUUGCUGUGGAAUCAGAACUUGCAUUACAUUGUCUAAAUUGUGUGUAAUUCUAAAUGGUUUAAGUUGGUGUCUAUUGUAAUAAUAAAAGGCAUUCUCUGUUUCAUUGCUCAA